AUGCAACCUAACACUACGUUCCACAAGAACCUGGACCCUGCUCUAUUGUCAGCUGGAGAUGUAUGUUCAGGAGCUGGACAUACUGGAUCCGAAAGUUCAGAGGCAUCUACUGAUGAUGAUGAUGAUGAUGAUGAUGGAGGUCACACUGAUGAUGAUGAAGAGGAGGAUGAGGAAGAAGAAGAGGAAGAAGGUGACGUUGAAGGCCAGGAGGUCAGAUGGGGAGCAGCGCAUGGGCACCUUACUGCACAUCCUGGUUUUUCAAAGGAAGUUGAGCCUUCACAACCUUGGGUCACCACUGCUCUUCCAAUUGAUUUUGAAUUUCAACGCUCACACAAUGAGGAUGAUAAUAUGGCUGAGAAGAAUUUAGCAGCUGGCACGUCCAGUGACAAUGGCAAUAUGAUCCAGCCCACAGAGACUAUUCCUGAUGAUGUUCUACAGCUUCACCACAAGCGAAAUGGACAUCCCCACCUGCCUAAUCCUGUGGUCCUCAAUCUUUUGUGUCAGGCUGAGACCAAACCUCCCAAUUCCAAGCCGAGUGAUACAAAUACCAAAGCUCGUAAGGUAUCAGCCAAGAUAACAGGUGAAGGUCCUAAGGCUACACAGCUGGGUUGGUAUGGUCCUCAUUGGAAGAGGUUCCUGGAGGAAAUGAAGGGAGAGUGCUGUGAACCAUCUCUGAGAUUCUUACAGCUUCACUUGUACAAUGGCUCGAAAGCGGCCAACAAGUCGAAGGCACCUGAUUACAAGCCUGAGAUGGCCAAGCUGAUCUAUCGACAUGGCGCUCAGGACCUCAAGAAAAUCGCUAUCAGUAUCACACCCUCUAUGUAUGACCUCAUCCUGCCAUCUCAUGUUCCCCCCCAAGAACAUCUCGGGAAAACUCGAAAUGUUGCUCACCCUGCGCUCCAUGAAGCUGCCAUUUUGUUCUUCUAUACCGGGUCUUAUCAUAUUGCUCACAGGAGACCUGAGGUUUUCUGUGAGCAGCUACCACUGGAGUGCUUAGCUUUGGUUUGCACUGCGUUCAAUUGCAUCCUCAACAGUUUAGUCAAGAAUGGUAAUGGAAAGUUGUACCUGAAGUUUUCCGCCAAAGAGUACAAGUCAAUCUAUAUCAAGAUGCUUGGGCUACUAAACAAUAUCAUUCGGGAUCCUUAUCACAGACCAAAGCUGGUAGAGCAGCUUCAUUCAGGAGGAUCCCCAUGGGAGCUUCCAUAUCUGAUUCACUCGACACCAUCAUCACUAUUGAACAAUAUCCUGGCAACAAACGAUCUCCUGGCAACAAUGGGCAUUGUCAGCCCUGAAUAUAUCAAUCACAGGAGAUUCAAGAGCCUGAAUGGCUUCUACUUUGUGGUGGCAACAUUCCUCAGUAAUGUUCCGGAUUCUCAUUCACAUCUUUCAGUGCUGAAUGUCAGUCUACAGGUGAUUUCAUCUUUCCAUGUGUGGAAGUGGUAUAUUCAAGGUCCAAUAUCCACCCUUCCUGCUGUGCAAAUGUCGUGUGCACUUAGACCUGAUGGCCAAUUGAAAGACGCUAAGGACAUCAAGUGGUACAACAAUCCUGAUGAUGAUUCCCCCAUGCUCCCAUCGCCACCUCCUGCCACAUCCAAUGGCAAGAUUACUGCCUUCAUGUCCUGUCGCUUGGGACGAGCCAUUAAACCAACGGAGAAGAUUUCUCCUGAGGGUUGGCCCGCACCCAAACGAAUUCAAACCGGCUCCCACCUGAACCAUCAUGGUGACAAUGAUGAUGAAGAACCCCCUGCUGCAGAGGGACUUUCAGACAAGGAGGAGGAAGAAGACAAAGAGGAAGCUUGUGAAAGGACAAAGGCAUUGGGGGAUGAGGACGGCGAGCAUCACAGGCCGAUGAAGAAAGAUGAGUGUAGUGCAGACUUAAAGACGAUCUUCACACAAGAGAAGGGCCAUAUGAACCCUCACACCCAAGAACACGAGGAUGGUUGGUGGUGUGAGAUAUGCAGAGGCAAUGAUGUACCAUCCGGCCAGUGUUUUUUUAAAUGCAGUAUCUCAACCUGCUGCACCCACAUCGCAUGCAAUCCAAAAUUCCACUUCCCCCUUUACCGAGACUGCUGCAAUGAACGAGGAAUCACAAUUCACGGUCAUGCCAUCCCUCUUAACUCCAAAUCAACCGACGGAGUUCAACACACAUUACAUGCCUCCCUUGCACCUAAGGUUGCUGAGUUCACGAAGUCCGGCCUGAUGGACUAUAUUGUCGAGCUCAUUGUCUCUGAGGAUAAGGUGUUCCAACUCAUCUGUCAUAUCCCAUAUAUUCACGCUUCUCUUCCGGACUUCGGACCCUGA